AUGGAGCAUGUGAGCCCAUAUACCAAUCCUCAAGUCUCAACUUGGAACCUGGUUGAACGUGUCCUGAUGGGUAUCGCCGGUGCACGCCCGAUACACACCGAUGGAAAUAGCAUUCUAGCCUUUUCUACGCCUAUACUAUCCAAACUCACUCACCUGAAGGCGGAAAUCAAGGGGGACGUGCCCUCGGCUGACAUUGAUUGGCUAAUGGUGCUUCUUCAAAUUCCCACUUUAACCCAUGUAUUCGGCACCAAAUGGACCAACGCAGUACGGUGGUUGAGACCUGGAUUUGUCAAUACCGAUCGCCUCGUUCACCUCGAACUUCGCGAGUGUACCUUCGACUGUCAGAGCCUUGAAAGGCUCUUCAAGCAGACCCACAAGUUGCAAACCUUCAUCUACGAACGCGGGUGGACAAGAUGGGCGGGUCGGAGCAUGAAGGCCUCCGAGAUGACCCACGCGCUUCAACACACAUCGAAGACCCUGACAUGCCUUGAACUAUCAUUCAAUCGAUGUGACCGAAGGAUAAAAGAGGAAUUGUAUCUUCAGCCUCUCGACCUCUCGAGGCUUGUUCAUUUGAAGAGACUCCGACUAUCCGCCGGCUAUCUUGUCCAGACUAAGGAGAAAAUGGCACGUUUUAAAGGCCGUUACCGGUCGUUAUAUGACGAGGACGGGGUGUACAACAGUGCAAAGCCUUUGUACCACCUGCUACCCAAAUCACUUGAGGAGCUGCACAUCUUCCAAAUUCACGAUGAUCUCGAGUUUAUCCUCAUGAGUGAUAAGUUGUGCGAAAUUCUCCGGACCCGUACAAUGCCCAUUUUGUCGGAAUGCCCAUUGAAACGCCUCAAUGAGAUCAUUAUAGAGGCCCCUUUUGAGGACAGAGGCGCGUUUGUGUUUGAGGCGCUCUCCAAGGCCACAAACCAGGUUGGAGUGAAGUUAACGACGAUUGAAAAUUCCGCCGAUUACAUCAGAUCUUGGGUUACCGGUAAGGCAAAAGGAACAUGCCCGGAAAAGAAGAUUGACUGGGGGUUUGACGGCGAGAUCCAGUGGGCACAUCCUUUUACUCAACGAGCGGACUCGCAUUUCCGCUGGAUGUUUUACUAA